AUGGCUAUCCCCGCCAAGGUGAACCUCACGGAUCCCUUCGAGGUGGAUACCCUCCUCGAGAUCCGGACCUCGGGCAUGAAGAAGAUGACUGGCUUGAACAUUGAGUCGGGCAUCGAUAAGAAGCUCUGCCCCGGGCCCAUGAAAGUGGGCAAGCUCGGCCUUGAGGGAGACGAGCACGACCCGACCUUCCACGGCGGGCCGGACAAGGCCAUUCUUGGAUACUGUUCUUCACAUUAUGCCGACUGGCAGCAGUCGUAUCCCGAACGGACGGACCGGUUCGUCCCGGGAGGUUUUGGUGAGAACUUUGUCACGGCGCGGAUGAACGAGCGCAACGUUUGCAUCGGCGACGUCAUCUCUGUCGGCCCCGAGCUCGUGCUGCAAGUGUCUCUGCCGCGCCAGCCCUGCUUCAAGCUCAAUCACCGCUUCUCGCUCAAGAACUUUGCCCCCGUGACGUACCAGACGAGCCGCACCGGCUGGUACUACCGCGUCGUCCGCGAGGGCACUGUCCGCGUCGGCGACGACAUUCGCCUCGUCGAGCGCAAGUGGCCCCAGUGGACGGUUGAGCGCGUCCAGGAGUACCUGCACCGCACAACGGACAACCUCGAGAUGAACCAGCAGCUGGCCGAUGUCGACGCACUGGGUGAGGAGAGCCGCGGACAGUUCCGCAAGAGGGUUGCAAAGGCCCUGAGGAAGGCAAGGGCCGAAGCGGAGGACACAUGGAAGGACUUUAGGAUCACGGGCCGCAAGAUGGAGACGCCCAGGAUCGUGUCGCUGGUGCUCGAGGCGGUCAAUCCUGAUCCCGAGACGGAGCUGCCGCUGGCCGGGGCGCACGCGAGGAUCAAAUUGCCAAACGGCCUCAUCCGCUCAUACUCCAUCGCCGCCGGUGGAGACAGUCUCUUCAAGGUCACUGCCAAGUUUGAGCUGGGCGUCGCGCUCGACGAGCACAGCCGCGGCGGCUCGCGAUACCUCCACGAGACAUCCAAGGUGGGUGACAUCCUCCAGGUGGGCAGAAUCACCACGGGCAUCGGCUUCGCCAAGUCUGCGAGCAACCACUGCUUCAUCGCCGGCGGCAUCGGCAUAACGGCCUUCCUGCCGCUCAUCAGGGGCAUGGACGCCAUCCACCUCAACUACAAGCUGCACUACGCCGUGCGGUCCGCCGACGACAUUCCCUUCCUGGACAGGCUAGAGCCCCACAAGGAGAAUAUUGUAUUCUACGACAAGUCCAAGGGCGAGAGGAUGGAUGUCAAAAAGAUUGUCAAGGACUUGAUGUGGAACAGCCACCUGUACGUCUGCGGGCCGAACCGCAUGAUGGAGGCGACCAAGGCGGCCGUCGAAGAGUCGGGCAUCCCUCCGGACGAGGUCCACUACGAGGCUUUCGCCGCCGACGUCUCUGGUGAUCCGUUUGAGGCGGAGCUGUCGGGCAAGAAGAGCCAGGUGCUCAAGGUUGGAGAAGACGAGAGCCUCCUCGAGGUCCUGAGGCGGGAGCUCCCUGACUUCCCCUCGAGCUGCGAGGUGGGCAACUGCGGGACUUGCAAGAUCACCGUCAAGAGCGGGCGCGUGGACCACAGGGGCUCGGCGCUGUUGCCCGAGGAAAAGGAGACGUCCAUGCUGGCGUGCGUCAGCCGCGGCAUCGGCAGGAUUGCUAUCGAGGUCUAG